AUGGCGGCGAGGUUGCUGGCGGCAGGUGGCGGUACGGCCGCCGCCGCCGCCGCAGUCACCACAGCGCCAGCGGGUGAGGACCACCAGGCGGGGCCGGACACCCCCCCCGGCGCCCCCGUCAUCGCUUGUGAGGUGUUUCCACCCAUGCAGAACCUGGCCCGUCGAGUGAUUGCCCGCAAUGGCCUGGCAGAAGUUAUACGUGUCGUCAAUAAACGGUCGGACGAGAUUGUCGUACAGCAGCCGGGCGAAGCGGCAGCCAAGCAGGCGGUAGGGGCGGCAGCGGCAAGGGCGGCGCGCGCUGCCGCCGCUGCGGGAACCGCGGCGGCGGCUCCUGACAUGUACGGCCGCGCUGACGUCAUCGUGACGGAGAUCUUUGAUUCAGAGCUGCUUGGCGAGGGUAUGAUUCCUACCAUGCGACAUGCCGUACAGCACCUCCUCAAAGACGGCGGCGUGGUCAUACCGGCCAUUUCCCGCGUGUAUGGGCAGCUCGUACAGUGCCCCCUGAUGCAUAAUAUGACCGCUGCGGCUGCCGACCGGGUGCUCGGGGCGCUGAGCGAGCUGGACGCGGGGGCCCGCACGGCCUUUUACUGCUCUGAAGAUUUUUACGAGGUACGGGAGAUGCACGUGGAUCUGUUGUACCAGCACGAUAAGAUCCGAAAGCGCCUUUGCUCCGAGGCCCACCCUGAGUCGCACGUGGAUGGCAGCAGCAGCGACGGCAGUAGCAGUGCUCAUUCCACCCUGGAACAGCAGCAGCAGCCGGAGCAGCAGCAGCCGCUGCUACAGCCGCUGAGCGAACCUUUCCUGGUGCUUGACUUCGACUGGUUGCGGCCACCGCCGCCCGCAGGCCGCCGUACGGUUUGCGAGGUACCUGUGACUCAGGCCGGCAGUGCUCAUGCCGUCUUGCUGUGGUGGCAGCUGGGAAUGACUCCACCUCCACCACCACCACCACCACCACCGCCGCUGCCGCCGCCGCAAGAGCCACCACAGCCGUCAACCGAUGAUGCGCAAGUGCAGCAACCGGAGGGCGGCGCAACAUCUCCUCCGCGGCCUCCGCCGCUGCUUCUGAGCACUUCCCCAGAGUGGCUGCAAGGCAGGGUGGAGGCGGGGGGUGACGGGGGGCCGCUCCAGGGAGUGGAGCAGCAGUGGAGGGACCACUGGAAGCAAUGCUGGGUACAGGCGCUGCUGCAGCUCGGAGAUCGCGACCGACUGAUCAGCUUCGCAGCAGCGCUUCGAACCGCACUGGAGGAGGCGACAAGGCUGCCGGCAGCCGCCGCAGCCGCCGCCAGCGGCGGCACUGACCCAUCCGCCGGCGAUGCCGCCGCCGCCCUCAAUCCCGGAGGCGCCGAGGUGGUGGUUGUGGACGGCAGUAUGUCCCUCGGACUCCUAGCCGCGUCCCACCCUGGAGUGGCGUCAGUCACGCUAUUGAAGGAGGACAACCUAUCCGCUCAGAACUGGCUGCGGGCAGCCGCAAAGCACCUAGACAUAACCGCCAACAAGAUCAAAUCCAUCCGCUCCGAAACCUACUUCAAGCGCCUCCGUGCAUCCGCCGGCGCCACUGGCGGCAGUGCCACCCCCUCAGCGGCAGCGGCGGGCCAAGGGCCGUUGGUCCUGAUUUCAGAGCCGUACUUUUCAGAAUUUGAGCAGUUGGUUCCCUGGGCCCAUCUCAAGUUCUGGCGGGACUAUGACGUCAUCCGCGGCUCUCCGGCGGCGCGGGCAGGUCGCCGGGUGGUGGGCUUCCCGCGGGCCGCCCGGCUGGUGGCGGUGGCGGCGGCGCUCCCUGAGCUUUGGCGCACGAGAUGCGCUCUCGGCGAUGUGGAGGGGCUCGACCUGUCCGCGGCCAAUGCGGUUCUGGGAGUGGUAGGGGCGCCGGCGGAGGCAGAGGCGGAGGUGGAGGCGGCGGCCGGGGUUCAGAGCGGCGCCGACUCCGACGAUGAUGUUUGGGGUGAUGAAGGCAGCGGCGACGACGCGGAGCGCGUGGGAGAUGGAGCCAAUGCCGGCAAAGUACGGCAGCCGCUCCCAAUCCUGCCGUACUCGGUCUGGCAGGCCGGCGGCGGCUACCAGGAGCUCAGCGCCCGCCAGGAGUUGUUCGUACUUGAUUGCGACGGGCACCUGAACGAUGUAGAGGGCAAUGCAACCCUGACAGUGACCCAUGGUUCCGUGUGCCACGCAGUCGUUCUGUGGUUGGAGUACGACUUGGGACCCUCUGCAGCGUCAGCGGCAGAGAACGGGACGGCGGGGCAGGGCAGAUUGGUGGUUAGUACGGCACCAGCGAAGGACGGCGGGCCCACGGCGACAGUUCAGGGGGUGUACCUGCUGCGGCAGCCUGUGGAAGUGACCCACGGGUCCCGGCUUCACGUCACUGCGCAAUUUGACGGCCUUGAUGCGGAUGUAGGUGUGGAUGUGACGGUCCUGCCGCCGCUGACGUGAAGCUCUGGCAGCUUUUGGCCGGGUGGAUGUAUGUCUGUAUGUUUGUGAGGCUCUCUGCCUGAACGGACGCGAUGAGGAGAGGGGAGAGAAGACGGGAGAGUUGUGUGGUUCAGGUGACGUAAUGGCCCUGCUGGAUGGGUGCUUAGGUCAUGAAGUGCAUGCAAACAUCGACGAGAUAUGUUACCAAAGCAUGCCCAGGCAUGCUGCAAGGAGGCAGGGUUAGUUACGUUGGGGCAAGUAUAUGCCCAGUGAUUAUGCAGCUGCAUUUCACAGGGCUCAUAAAUUACUGGGUCGGACAAUAAUUGUGUCGAAUUCCUUUGAAGCCG